GCGGCAGAUUGUGCUUCACUGCCGUCAGCCAAUCUAUCCACGCAUCUGGAUACUGCCCUCACCCCAAUCAGCAAUAGCCAACAGAGUCUAGCGAACCUGUGUAGUUGCACGCCCAGUACUCAAGAGAUGGUCAACCCCGAUAUCCCUCCGCACUAUACUGCGUCUCCAUCCUCGUUUAUGGGCACGCCGCAUUUGACCAUCAACAAAGAAGCAACUAUUGACCUCGACUCUACAAACGCAUUCGAAGGUCCCGAGAAGCUUCUUGAAGUAUGGUUCAGUUCCUCUGCUAACGACCUUCCGGGUCGUGCCGGGCCACUCGGGCUCAAGGCCGUCUCCGCUGAUGUGUGGAAGGAAAUGUUGGACCUUGUGAAUUGCAAAGUUCUUUCUGUCAUCGAAUCCGAGCAUGUCGAUGCUUACCUCCUCUCCGAGUCGAGCAUGUUUGUAUUCCCACACAAGGUUGUUCUCAAAACAUGCGGCACCACUACUCUGCUAUGGGGUAUUUCUCGCCUGCUGGAAAUUGCUGCUCUAGAUGCGGGAUUUCCCCAUGUGGAACAGUCCGCCAGCAGCGGUGCAGCUGCUGCCACUCCAUAUCGUGUCUUCUACAGCAGGAAGAACUAUCUUUAUCCUGACCAGCAGCGUGGACCCCACCGCAGUUGGCGCGAUGAGGUUCGCUAUCUCGAUCAACGAUUCCAGGGUGGCAGCGCCUAUAUGAUUGGCAAAAUGAAUGGAGAACACUGGUACCUAUACAUUACUGGUCCGGACACGAGCUUGACUCCACCUGCCACUCCGGACCGAGAGGUUCCCGAGACGGAGACCAAGUUUGUGAGCCAUCCUCAGCGAAUGCUGCCGGAGCAGAAAACGGACGAAGAGGGAGACGAGACUUUGGAGAUUCUCAUGACUGACCUCGACGAGAAGAAUGCCCGUCAGUUCUAUCUCGAGGACGCGAGUGCGGUCGCGGAAGGUCGCUAUCUCCAAAAGGCUCGUGAGGCUCGUAAGAGUGCUAUUACAUCUCUCGGCUCGAUUCCUGAAGAAGAGAAGAAGAACGGCAAAAUUGGAGAUUCAGCCAUCCUCAACCCAGCUGCCACUGUGUCUGAUGACAGCUUUGAUGUCUUUGAACAGACAUCAUCUGAUCAUUCAGGCUUCAAUUCUGACGAGGAGCCGCUGACUUUCCCAGAGGAGUUGACCACCGAGGGCCAUACUCUAGGAACUGUCGUUUCGGAGUCUUGUGGCUUGGCUGACGUUUAUCCUACCUCCAAGUAUCCCGAAGCUCGCAUCGACUCGUACCUGUUCACCCCUUGCGGCUUCUCCGCCAAUGGCGUGGUUCCCGCACCCACUGGUGCUGUCAACGAAACCAAGAAAGGGUCUGGUGCGACCCAUUAUUUCACUGUCCACGUUACGCCCGAGCCGCAAUGCUCUUACGCCUCCUUUGAGACCAACGUGCCUGCACACCAGUCUGGUCGCGAGACUGCCGAUAUUGUCGAGCAUGUGGUCGGCAUCUUCAAACCGGGCCGGUUCAGCGUUACACUCUUCGAAGCCAAACCGAGUGAGGACAUUGUCAGUAAGACUGCAGGCAAGAGCAAGCGCAUGGAAGCCAUUGCAGGCUACCGGCGCGUCGAUCGAAUCGUGCAUAACCUAGACGGAUAUGACCUAGUCUUCAGGUACUUUGAGCGUGAUGACUGGAAAGGAGGACAGCCGAGGCUCGGCGAGAUUGGCAUCUAG